AUGGGCAAGCAAGCGGUUCCCUCUUCGUCCUCUGGUGGCAAAAAGGCCAAAAAGAAAUGGUCUGCCAAGAAGGUCAAGGACAAGGCCAACAACAUGGUCGUUCUCGAUAAGCCUACCUACGAGCGUCUUUUCAAGGAAGUUCCUACCUACAAGUUGAUUACUCAAUCCGUUUUGGUUGAUCGUCUUCGUUUGAACGGCUCCCUUGCUCGCAUUGCUAUCCGUGAACUCGAGUCGCAGGGUUUGAUCAAGCCUCUCGUUCAACACCACGCUCAAGUCAUCUACACUCGUGCCACUGGUGAUGAGAAGAAAUAG